CGUCGUCUUGUUUUCUGGAUGAAGAGGAAGGAAGGAAGACGUAGCCGUGACUGUUGGGUGACAGAUGCAGUUGGAGGGAGUUUUUAAACUGCAUAUCGCCUUCACUUACAACGGAGGUCGCCAUUAAUCGACUGUAUUCAAAUUGUAUUUGAACUGCAUGUUAAGGCAGUUCUUUUUGUCAUUACCCUAUUCCAGAAGCCAGGCCGGUUUUGGGAUUGCAAGGAACAGUUGCAAUACUCCCUACACUUCAAAUCAACCGAGCAGCGCGCCCCUAACGGCUGUAGAUACAACGUUGGAUUAUCUGUCUGUUUUAUCGACUGGCUGCAGCUGGCUGCAGUGGCUUGUCACGGGAACACCAAGCUGACCGAUCCCGGACCCAGACAGGCACAGUAAUAAACACAGCCACGAUUUUGCAGCUCUUAAGUUUCAACAGAAGGACCGUGCCAGUUCACGGUCUGCCACCUGAGAAGCCAAAUAGCUAGCUAAGGCUUGUGCUGGUCAGAAAUAGCAUAAACAAGCCCCGUUCUAGUAGCAGUCGGCCCAGACGGUACUCUAUGGAGGUGGAGGUGAGCCGAACCGAGCUCGAGGCCAUGUCCGAUGGACAGACUCCAGCGAUGAGGCACGAGAGGAGUCUUGGACUGCUCACGACCAAGUUCGUAACGUUACUGCAAGAGGCCAAGGACGGUGUGCUGGAUCUGAAAGUAGCUGCAGACACUCUGGCUGUCCGACAGAAGAGACGCAUCUAUGACAUCACCAACGUGCUGGAGGGCAUUGGACUGAUUGAGAAGAAGUCCAAGAACAGCAUUCAGUGGAAAGGUGUGGGUCCGGGCUGUAACACACGUGAGAUCGGUGAUCGGCUUGUAGACCUGAAGUCGGAGCUGGACGAUCUGGAGAAGAAGGAACAUGAGCUAGACCGUCAGAGGGUGUGGGUCCAGCAAAGCCUCAGGAACGUGACGGAGGACUCCCACAACAUGCCUCUAGCCUACGUGAACCAUGAGGACAUCUGCAACAGCUUCAAAGGAAAAACCCUCCUCGCUGUGCGAGCUCCAUCUGGAACUCAACUGGAAGUGCCCAUACCUACCGCUGUUGUCAAUGGUAAGGGAAAGUACCAGAUCCAUCUGAAAAGCACCGCUGGACCCAUAGACGUUCUGCUCAUCAACAAAGAUCCUGUUAACCCCGCCCCCACGGUGGUCCCAGUCCCGCCCCCUGAGGACAUGCUUCAGAACGCCCAAGCAGCAGUGGCCUCUGCAGGUGCAACUGCGAAGACGGCCACACCCAACCGGACUAGGGCAACAGACAGCAUCCAGAGUGUAGCCGCUGUUCAGACCACUAGCAAGACCAUCCCUAAAACAAGAGCAGAGACCAACAACUCAAACACACAGACCCUCUCGUUGGACACCCAGCCUCUUCAGUCGUCAACCUCAUUGGUCAACAGCUCUCCGCAUAAGGAACCUACCACAACUGACUUGCUUGAUUUCUCCAAAGACUUCUCUGAUGUGUUUGACGCAACCAAAGAAAUAGUGAGUGCAGAUCUAUUGGAAGAGCUCAUGGCAUCUGAAGUCUUCUCUCCUCUUCUCCGCCUCUCUCCUCCACCAGGAGACUGUGACUAUAUCUAUAACCUGGAUGAAAGCGAGGGUCUCUGUGACCUUUUUGACAUCCCCAUACUCAACCUCUGACCUUUAAACCCUUCUGGGUGAAAAAUGUUUUUUAAGAAUCAAUUUAUCACCUUUUUCUUUUGUUACAGAUAAUUGAGCUAUUUUUAAAGUGUUAUUAUAUAAGCAAUUUUUAUGGACCGUUUUUUGUCCGGACAAUUUUUAUACUAUACUUUUAAUCUUUGUAAAGUUUCAAUUUUCAGUUAAAAUCUUAAAAGGAGACGUUUUGUAAACAAGCAUCCAUCUUAUUGGCUGUUUGUUGAUUUGUACUAUUGUCAUUACAGAUAAGCUAUUAUAAAGCUGCAAAUAUGUUUUAGCAUGUCCUUGCACUAGGAAGGGGAGGGGGCAAUGAAAUGCCAGUUUUUACUGCUACCAUAGCCGCUGCACCUCAUAGACAAGGAACUGUAAAACUACAUGACACUGCAAAGCGUUUUUCUCUUUUGAUGUCAAGUGAUGCAGUGUCUUUCCCUGUCCACUAGAUGGCGCCCAAAUGUCACAGCAACCAGUGUAUUUGGGGGCAAUUUAUGGAAUUAACAAAUGUGCCAGAGAACUCAGGUGGAAUACAUAUUAUCAGCAGUCUUAUACAGGGUCCCAUGUUUUUUAGCAUGGUCAUUUAUAUUGUAUAUAAUAUAUCAUCUUUCACCAGGGUCAGUACACUGUACAGGGUCAGCAUGAUGCAUUUGUACUGAUAAAUGAGUUUAGCCUUGUCUUGCAAGACUGUGCUUUGAAUGAAAGAAAACAUGUAAAUGAUUAUCAUUAUGUUCGAUAUUAGCUACUUUAAAAUUGAGUAUUUUGUUCAUUUAAAAUAUGUUUGGAGUGAGAGAAGGUUGGUGUGUGAGAAAUAAUUGCUGUAAUAUACCAAAAUCAUUAUUCCAUGUCAGCCUUUUCUAUAUGUAGUGUAUGUAUGAUGCUGAUGAACACCCUAACAUUCAUCUCUCUGUGUUGAAUGUUUUGCAACCACAGCACUGUGCUCAUCUGACUUAACCUUCUCUGUGUACGACCUGCGGAUAAUACAUAUGUUGCUGCAGAGGCUGAGGGAAUGUACGUUUUAUGAAAAGUUCCUGUUCUUCAGAAUAAAACACAAUGUUAA